AUGUUCUAUCAGCUAAUGGUUUGGGGAAAAUACUCUGGCACAGUUCAGGACUCUCUGCAAUACUCGUCCGCAUUCGACCAUAAUCAGAAGAACUUCACUACAUUCGAUAGCGACAACGACAAUUACGAGAAGGGAAAUUGCGCAUCGCACUACAAAAAUGGCUGGUGGUUUGACAAGUGCUUCGCUGCCAAUCUCAAUGGGAAAUUCUACCACGAGCCGUAUGAAAACAAAAUGAGGGAUGGAAUUUACUGGGGUCGAUGGCCAAACAAGCUGGAAGGGAAAUACAUGGUCUUUACUUACAUCGACAUGAAAGUUCGACCAGAAGAUUUCAAGUCAGCGGCAAUGAAAAACGCAUAG